CCUGCCUGGGGUCUGCUCCCGACGUGGUUCGGAGUGUCUUUAAAAAAAGGUUUGGAAACGUUUUAAAACAACCUUUCCUCGAGCAAAACUUGUGGGGCCGUAGCUUUAAGAAAGGGAGGGAGCCCCGAAAUGCCCCUACGGCCCAGCAACUCGUCAGCUGAAUACUUCCUUCGAUCUACGUCAAAACCUCCUGCGUCAGGCAGCCAGCUGCCAAAACUUCCAGCAAACUUUCUGCCAGCAAGACUGGGGAAUUCUCACUCCACACCCCCUAGAGGUGAGCUAAUAAAAGGACAGCUUGGUGUCAAUAAUAAGACUGGAAGCAGUUCUCUCGUCUGCCAGACAGCAGAGCAUAGGAACAGAGAGCCUGCACCAUGGGCAUUUUAUUCAGCCGGAUCCAGCAUGCCUUGCAGGGUUUCUAUGGGAUAGAGGCUCGUAUCCUCAUCCUGGGCUUGGAUGGAGCAGGCAAAACAGCUCUCCUCUAUCGGCUGAAGCGGAACGAAACUCCAGUGACUUUCCCCACCGUGGGCUUCAACGUGGAGACUCUCCAGCCCAUGGACAACAUCACUUUCGCCAUGUGGGAUGUGAACGGUCAACCCAAGUACAGGCCACUCUGGAGACAUUACCAUGCUGAUACAGAUGGGAUAGUGUUCGUGGUGGACAGUGUGGACAGCAGUCGGUUUGAGGAGGCCCGGUAUGAGCUGGAGACCCUGCUGUGUUACGCCAGCCUGCUGGACGGGGUGCCCUUGGUGCUGCUCGCCAACAAGCAAGACUUGCCUGGAGCCUGCCCCCCCCAGCAGAUGGCUGAAGAGAUGGGCCUGAGGAAGCUGCGAGGGAAUCCGUGGCACGCACAGGGCUGCUGUGCUAUGAGCGGGGAAGGGAUCCCGGAGGCCAUGACGAAGUUGUCCGAAAUGGUCAAGCAGUAUCGCGAUGCCCGGGGGACGUAAUCGGCUAAAAGGUCUACUAGCUGGACUUUCAUCUUGCAUGGCAAACUUCAGAAUUCCUGCUUGUCAGUGACCACCUGAUCUGGCUGCAGUUCUCUGGCUGCUUAAUCUGCAUACAGCCGAGGGGACCUCAGCUGGCACAUAAGUGGUUGCUUGCCACUGUGGGACAUGUGAGAAAAUGUACACGAUCGUCUCAGGUGCUUUUUGGACACAGCUACGCAGUGCUCUCCAUUCUCUAGAGUUCCUUCUUUCACCCCUUGCAGGGAUAUAAAACCAAGCUGAGGACUCCAAAACUUUAAGGAUCAGACCCAGAACAAUAAACU